GGGAUCCCUCAUCUCAGCCUGGCCCCAAACUGCCGCUGCUAAUCCCACCAGGUAACCUCUGAAAGCUUCUCCUAAUGAACACACACCUCAGUGUCCGCCGUGGACAACUUGUUCACACGAGAAGACACGUGAGAAGAUCAUGGGUUUCUGCUUUGCUGAGUGGAUAGAUGGGGCUCGGAGGAGGAGGAGGAGCAGAGGAAGAGGAUCAGCUGUGCGCACACACCUGAGAGGACCAGUGGCAGGCUGCACCAUGGACUUCAUCUUCCAGUUACUGUUCACGCCUCUCCCGACCCCGGCCAUCGUCUCCCUGCUCGCCCUAGCAGCCGCCACCCUGUUCUACCUCCACUCGCGGCCCAGUCCCAUCCGAACCCCCGUUGACCUCAACCGCCAAACUCUGGGCGUCAAGGAUGGCGCAAGAAAGACUGCUCUGUUGGAGGAUAACAACAACCUGAUGUCGUACUUCUACAGUGACGCCAAGACCCUCUAUGAGGUUUUUCAGAGGGGUCUGAGAGUUUCAGGCAAUGGACCAUGCUUGGGCUACAGAAAGCCAGGAAGGCCGUACCAGUGGCUAAAGUACAAGCAGGUGUCCGAUAGAGCCGAGCACUUGGGGUCGGCACUUCUUCACAAGGGUCUGAAGCCAAACUCUGAGACUUUCAUCGGCAUCUUUGCUCAAAAUAGACCUGAGUGGAUUAUUGGCGAACUGGCAUGUUACACCUACUCCAUGGUAGCGGUUCCCCUGUACGACACGCUGGGUCCUGAGGCCCUUGUGUUCAUUAUCGACAGAGCCGAGAUAUCCACAGUACUUUGUGACAACCAGAAGAAAGCAGAAACGCUGCUGCAGAACCGGGAGAAAGGCCAGACUCCAGUUCUCAAAACCAUCGUCAUCAUGGACACAUUUGACUUAGAGUUGGUCAAUCGAGGAGCCAAGUGUGAGGUGGAUAUCGUGUCCUUGCAGGACAUGGAGGCACUGGGGAAAAGUAAUCUUCAAAAGCCCAUUCCUCCGAAGCCAGAAGACCUCAGUAUUAUCUGCUUUACCAGUGGCACCACAGGAAACCCUAAGGGAGCGAUGCUGACUCACGAGAAUGUGGUCUCUGAUGCUGCAGGUGUUCUCAAAAGCAUUGAGUCGUCAAUUGUUCCAUGUACCCAGGAUGUCAGCAUUUCCUUCCUGCCAUUGGCACACAUGUUUGAGAGAGUUGUACAGACUGCACUUUAUGGUGCCGGAGGUAGGGUGGGAUUCUUCCAGGGCGACAUCAGACUGCUGCCAGAUGACAUGAAAACCCUGCAGCCCACAGUGUUCCCAGUUGUUCCUCGACUCCUCAACCGUGUCUACGAUAAAGUUCAGAGCGGAGCCAAAUCGCCUGUCAAAAAAUGGCUGCUGAACUUUGCAGUGGAGAGGAAAUUAGCAGAAGUAAAAGACGGCAUCAUCCGGAACAACAGCUUAUGGGACAAGCUCAUCUUCCACAAAGUCCAGGAGACUCUCGGGGGUCGUGUGCGACUCAUGGUGACGGGAGCAGCACCCAUAUCUCCAUCUGUCCUCAACUUCCUCAGAGCUGCUCUGGGUUGCCAGAUCUUUGAGGCGUACGGUCAGACCGAGUGCACAGCCGGCUGCACCUUCACCAUGCCAGGAGAUGCCACCUCAGGUCAUGUAGGUGUGCCUAUGCCAUGCAAUUUUGUGAAGCUGGUGGAUGUUGAAGAAAUGAACUACUUUGCUUCAAAUGGUGAAGGAGAGGUUUGCAUCAAGGGUAGAAAUGUCUUCAAGGGGUAUCUAAAAGACCCAGAGAAAACACAAGAGGCCUUGGACAAUGACGGCUGGCUCCACACUGGGGACAUCGGAAAAUGGCUUCCGAGUGGAGUUCUGAAGAUCAUCGACCGCAAGAAGAAUAUCUUCAAACUCGCUCAGGGUGAAUACAUCGCACCAGAGAAGAUCGAGAACGUCUAUGUACGCAGCGAACCCGUGGCCCAAGUAUUUGUGCACGGAGACAGUCUUCAGUCCUGUCUAGUUGCCAUUGUGGUCCCUGACCCUGAUGUCCUGCCAGGUUUUGCCAAACGUCUGGGAUGCCAAGGCUCCAUUGAAGAACUCUGCAAAAACAAUGAAGUUAAGAAGGCCGUCAUUGCAGACAUGACCAAACUUGGAAGAGAAGCAGGGCUGAAGUCCUUCGAGCAGGUGAAAGACGUAUACCUCCACCCAGAGCAGUUCACCAUUGAGAACGGCCUGUUAACUCCCACCCUCAAAGCUAAGAGGGCCGAGCUCAAGGCUCUCUUCCAGCAACAGAUUGACAAACUCUAUGCCAAUAUUCAAUAAAUGGAAUAAAACACUACCAACUUA